AUGGUGGAUAGGAAAAGCAAAUACAAUUCGGCUCGAGAUAGAGCCUCAUCGAUUGGAGUUGAAUUAAUAGGUGAUACGUCAAGAAUAAAUCAGGAGAACUUCGCGACUGAAUUUCUAAGAUGCGCAGAGGAAUUCAAUGUCUAUCCGUUACCAAGAAUCGUUAUAGCAGAGAUGUUAGUGAACAUUGGUUGCAUAGAAGAUUUAAAUUUGGAUAUGAAUCCAAACGCGCAGGAAAAUUAUCAUUUGCUAUGUACACCUGCAGGGAGCUUGAAAUAUUUAUCCUUGAAACUUUGUGAAAUCACUGAUGAAGGUGUAAUGAAAAUUGCGAGCGAAUUAAAGUACCACAACCCGCCGAAUGAUCCGAAAUUGAUCAUUUUAAAUUUGGCAAACAAUCAUAUUACAAAAGAUGGAGCAGGUCACAUAGGCAAAAUGCUACGAACGAAUAGAUCUCUAAGAUGUUUAGUUUUACUGGGGAAUAGAAUAUGUGACGAAGGAGCAUCAUUGAUAUUACGCGAACUGAAAAUAAUUACCUUAGAGCAUGAAGAAAUUGUAAAGAUUCGACGUAAAAAAUUCGUUGAACUAGAAUUAUUGGAUGAAUGGAUGGAACAAAGGGGAAGCGAAGAGAUCGAUAAGACUAUAAACGAGGAGCCGUUAAAAAAAAAUGCUAAGUCACGGACACGUCAGAGUUUAACGAAACGAUCUAAAAAAUUCCUUCAGGAAACUUCGAUAAAACCGAGGGAAGAUGGAAGUUUUAUUCAAGGAAUUCAAGCCGCUGAAUCCAUGCAAAAAAUUAGGAUGAUCUUAGGACACGAGAACUCUUAUCCUUUUAGAACAGAAAGCUUCCCAAUGAAUGGAGAAAUAAUGGCAACUGGAAAUUUAGAGUUACAAUAUUUAGACUUAAGCUACAAUUACUUGACGACGAGUAUUCUUCAGGAGUUGCUUAACUGUCUUUACUAUCAGAAUUACAUGCUACUUGGAGAUACAAGCAAGGGUCUCUUAUUCAUUCUGAUCGAGGUAAUAGAUAAUACUCCUACAACUGGUUGUAUAUGCUUAUAA